AACAAUGCACGAAAAUAAACAAACAAAAUUAGGAAGUCUCAGUCUAAAAUUAGCCAUCCUUUUGAUAGGAAUUUCAGCAGCUAUUUUCGUUGUCAGCUCAAACGAAGACACAAAAACGGCAGCCAAAGGUCUUUCCAACAUGGGAAAGUUAUUAGCUUGCGAUUUCGAGGUUUUUGGAAUCGUUCAAGGAGUCUUUUUCCGAAAACACACAGAAAAACAAGCAAAAGCCCUUGGAGUUCGUGGUUGGUGCAUGAAUACGCGAGACGGCACCGUAAAAGGUCAGAUGGAAGGCGAACAAAAGCCGGUAGAGGAAAUGAAACAUUGGUUACAGACAAAGGGGAGUCCCCAAAGUCGCAUUGAUAAAGCUGUCUUUUCCGAAAUGAGGGAGAUUGAAAAAUAUUCGUUUGAUGGAUUUGGCAUCAAACGCUAAAAAACUCGAAUUUUGUGCUCAAAUGCCGGUUCAUUGACACUUUCCUAAAUUUUAAGUACCUAAUUUAUUCCUCAAUAA